UCUCCGCCUCUCUUUCUGAGCGUCAGAAAGCGCUGCCUCGGGGUCCCAGCUCUCACUAUGGCGGGCUAUAAGGCAUUCCAGAUGGAUUUAAUUGAUCUGUUUUAAGGAGUCAGUCGCACGACCACUUCCAGCCGAUCUAAUCGAAGAGAAGACAGUCGGGGGGCUGCAUCGCGCUACACUUUCCGAGUUGCAGGUGGAAGUACGCUGCUUUUGCUCCAGCAUCUCUAAAAGAGCCUUAAACUAUGCUGAGCUUCCUCCGGCGGACCCUGGGCCGGCGGUCCGUUCGCAAGCACAGGGAGAAGGCGCGCCUCCGAGAGGCGCAGAGAGCCAGCACACACAUUCCGGCGGCCGGAGACGCCAAGUCGGUCAUCACCUGCCGCGUCUCCCUGCUGGAUGGCACCGAUGUCAGCGUGGACCUGCCGAAGAAAACCAAAGGAGAGGAGCUGUUUGACCAGAUCAUGUAUCACCUGGACAUCGUGGAGAAGGACUACUUUGGGCUGCGCUUCAUGGACUCCGCCCAAGUCCCGCAUUGGCUGGAUGUUACGAAGAGCAUCAAAAAGCAGGUGAAAAUCGGCCCCCCCUACUGCCUUCACAUGAAGGUCAAAUUCUACUCCUCCGAGCCAAACAACCUGCAUGAGGAGCUGACGAGGUAUCUGUUUGUGCUCCAACUGAAGCAAGACAUCCUGAGUGGAAAGCUGGAGUGUCCCUUUGACACGGCUGUAGCUCUGGCUGCCUUCGCCUUGCAGGGCGAGCUCGGGGACUUCGACCCGACCGAACACACCCUCGAUCUGGUGUCCGAGUUCCGUUUCAUCCCCCAGCAGACGGAGGAGAUGGAGCUGGCUGUGUUGGACGCCUGGAAGGGAUGCAGAGGCCAGACACCAGCGCAGGCUGAGAUCAACUACCUGAACAAGGCCAAGUGGCUGGAGAUGUACGGUGUGGACAUGCACACAGUCAAGGCCCGCGACGGUAAUGAGUACAGCCUGGGUCUGACCCCCACCGGGGUGCUAGUGUUCGAGGGCGAGACCAAGAUCGGCCUGUUCUUCUGGCCUAAGAUCACCCGGCUGGACUUUAAGAAGAGCAAGCUGACACUGGUGGUGGUGGAAGAUGAUGACCAGGGGAAAGAGCAGGAGCAUACCUUUGUGUUCCGCAUGGACCAUCCCAAAGCCUGCAAGCACCUGUGGAAGUGCGCUGUGGAGCACCACGCCUUCUUCCGGCUACGGGGGCCUGUCCAGAAGAGCGCCACCCACUCCAGCUUCAUCCGCAUGGGCUCCCGCUUCCGCUACAGCGGAAAGACUGAGUAUCAGACCACGAAGGCCAGCAAGAUCCGGCGCUCCACCUCAUUCGAGAGGAGACCCAGCCGGCGUUACUCUAGGAGGACGCUGCCGCACAAGGCUGUUAACAAGAACCAUGAGAGUCACAAUAACGGAGUGGAUCAGAGCAGCGAUACCAAGCCCCGAAGUCCCUGGCCCACCUUGCCCAUAGUCACCACCCUGCCUACUGACCCUGGGCCAAUGGAAAUUGAGUGUCUCUCCAGGAGUCCCGGAGCCAGCCAAUUGGAGAAGAGGAGUCGGCCUCCUGCCAUCGUGGAUUUGCAGGAGGCGUCCGGUGACGAGGUUGUACGGCUGGCGGUUCCCAUGGCAACAGUGGGCCUGGCAGAGGACGCGGCCCUCACCGCGUCAGCCCCUAGUAACACAGCGGACAGGAACUUCUCUCUGAACGAUGCCGCAGUGAGACUGAAGCAGCUGGAGAUUGACAGUGGUCUCAUCCAGGCUCCGUGCAGAGCUGACAUUAACGUCAACAUGAACAACCAGGGGGAUGUGGAGAAGCUGACUGAGAAGUGCCUCAGCGGGGUAGCUCCACUGCGCCCCCCAGAGGAGCUGAAGAGCAACAUCCUCAAAGCCGAAGCAGAAGCCGCCCUCAAGGUAGCGGGGGGCCAGGCAGCAGAGAGUGACAUUGCUGGCUUAAGGGACGAGCACACACCCCCGGGAGAGAAGAACUGUAACCUGCAGGAGAAGGCAGCCAGGGACCUGAACUGCCCCGCUGUCCGUGGCGAGGAGGUGCGAGCUGACGACGCGGCCUCCCAUCUGCCUGCCAUCCCCGUGAACGAGGCCCCGACCGUCAUGGCAAAGACGUCGCCGGCGGGUGCGUCAGUGAGCGUGACACAGCGCUGUGCGGCGGCGUCUCCGCCAUCUGCGCGGCUCCUCGAGACGCAGGUGACCUCGGCGGAGCCAGAGCAGCCGAUGACCCUCCUGUGCGAUAAUCUGAUCGACUUCUCAGAGCCCCCCCCGGUGCCCAAAGCCGUCGUCAUGCCGCGCUGGAUCGUGCCCACGGCUGCAGUGUGUUCUGCUCAGCAGAUCCCUCCUCGUCCCCCCACCCUUGCCCUGACGACCUCUGACCCCCCCGCCCCAUUUGGGCAGACGGGUGUUUUUACUAAUGGACUUCUGGAUGGCUACGAUGUGGCAAACGUUGCUCCUCUCCGUCCCGAUGACAGCUCUCUUCAUGCUCAACCGCAAAUGUCUCACACGGCACAUUUUGUGAUCAGCACGGUGAGGAAGGAGGAGUGCCCCAAACCCACGCACCUGCUGACCACCGAGCUCUGAGGGCCUCUGGGACGCCUGCUUCUCCAUCGUGGAUCAUCGUACACCUCCCUGUCCACCUGGCUAGCUGCCCUUCCUUUCAGCUACAUUCCAUUUGGAAGAUCUUAGAAGGUUUUUAAUUCUUAUUUUUAUGACCACUGUGGACUAUGGCAUUUCCAUAAGCCUCCUGAUAUACUGCUUUUAGGGUUAUUGAUGGCAGUAAUGUGGGGAAUUUGGAAAAUAGGCAUGGAAAUACUAAACCUUUCAUUAGAGAAUGAGAUAAGACCUCCUGCUCCAGGACCAGACCGCAUUCCAGUUGCAUUCCUUUCGUUCUCACAGAGGUCUUGGGAACGUGCCACCUAAGACCUGCUGUCACGGACCAGGUGACCCAGAGCUGACCCUGACACAGCCUGGAGACCUUGACCUUGACCUGAGUCCUAGGGGACGGCUGCAGCUGUACCCCAAAUCACUGCCCCGCGCCGCGCUGUAGGCACCUCUGUAGGGUCUGUCCUGCUUGAAUUGUACUCUGUCGUAAUUCCGGCAUUAAUGAGAAACAGACACUAGAGUUGUUUCUGAAUAAUUGUGCGACUGUGUUGAUACUCAGACUGCAGUUAGACCGUCAUGCAAGGGGGUGGUGAUGCAAGUACGUCUAAAGCAAAUGGAAUUGUUUCCUUUGUAUAUUAUGCAAUCUUAUUUGCCUUAGUAUCAUAUAACCAUGGAAACUGAAACACGUAGCUCUGUGCUAGAUAGCUGCACUGUGACGGGUAACUGUUUAGCCCAAAGGCCACAUGCCAGUCACAGGGCAGCGAGUCUCGGCUAACUGAGAUUCAUUGUGUCGUUCGGAAUUCAUAACCUGGAAAAGCACACACAGCCUAUCACUGAGGAGGCGGAGUUUGGGAAUGUUUGGCACCGCCCUUUGAACCAUAAAGCACGGAUUACCGUUAUGGAAUGUGCUACUCAAUAAUGCUUCUAGAACCUUCACUUUGUAAGUGCAAUUCGCUGUAGCUCACUCAGUGUAUUUAUUGUGUUUUAUUUUGUCACCCCUUUGUACAUUUUAAGCAUCAUCUAGAUGUAAAGAAGCUCACAGAGCUGGUUUAUAUUUUAGUUUUAUACAAUGUAGCGUUUCUAAGUAAAACGUUCAGACUCAUA